GUGGGAUAAGCGUCCGGUUCGUGGUGCCCUGCUGCCCGGUUGAUUAGAGAAACAACUGAGUUCUCGGACGGAUUACGGAUACCUCCCAGCUCACUCGGGAAUCUCUGACGCUUACUGAUCUCCUAGGGUUCGCUCAUCAACGCCAUCACGUAAUUGAUGCGCCUGUGGUGUCUUGACCUUCCACCGAGAGUGUUCUCCUGUAAAACCGAGAAGCCAUGACAUCGCUCGAUGCAGGUGCCAGUGUGUUUCACGUGUCGCUAGAGGGAAGGCAGUGAGCAUCCUUACUCAUUGGAUUGCGCGCACGGCUUUGACAUCUGUAACUGCUUCGUUAGACGUGCGAGCGUCUUCCCGCGGAUUCGCUUUAUAAGCCAAGAUGAGACCACCACGUCGUCGCAGGGCAGGAAGCUGGAAUGAGUACGAGCUGCUCUUGGACAUCAACCCAGACCGUGAGGGGGGCGGUGGGCGGUCUCACUCUCUGUCCGAACCCGGUCUGCGGGCGCACAUCAACAGCGCUUUCAGCAUGGCCGAGGAAGGCUACGGUGCCAUCGACCGCGACGAUGACCACCCGCACGAGCCGACGCUCUCGGGCUCGGCCGUCGUCGUGCCAUGGUGGAUCAUGGAAGACGCCAAGGAAAACGGCAGCUCCAACAACAACAACUUGGAUGGCUCGAAGCCCCGCAUUCGCAUCCACCGGCAAGCUAUGAACCAAGAAGAGCUGGUCAAAAACUACGGCAAUGACAGCGCGGACGCGUCCCUCUCGCAGAAGGUCAAGCGCAAGUUUCUCAGCUCGUGCGCCUGCACACCACUAAGCGUGCUCUACUCUGUGCUGCCCGUGCUACAGUGGUUGCCACGCUACCGCGUGCGCGACUUCCUCGUCAAGGACAUCAUGGCUGGUUUCACGGUCAGCAUCAUGCACAUACCCCAAGGGCUCGCGUACGGCGUGCUGGCCGCUGCCGGUGCCAUCAACGGCCUCUACGUGUCCGCCUUCCCGGCCAUCAUCUACUUCUUCAUGGGCACCUCGAAGCACGUCUCUGUCGGCACGUUCGCUGUCGUGAGCCUUCUGUCGGCAUCGGCAGUCGUUGAAAUGAACGCCAUCAUACCCGGGGAGAGUGCCGAGGCGGCUGCCUCGAACUCGACGCUAGACGGCGUUGCUCUCGGACAACGUGGUCUCGACGCCAUCGGCGACGAUGCUCCACCGACGAGCAUGGAAGUCCUUGGCGCUCUGGCCGUCGUGGUGGGCGUAGUGCAGCUGCUGAUGGGCAUGCUCCACCUCGGCAUUCUGUCCAUCUUCAUGUCCGAGCCUAUGGUGUCCGGUUUCACCACGGGCGCGGCCGUCCAGGUUGUGGUGUCCCAGACAAAGGGGCUCUUCGACAUCCGCGUGCGACGCUACAGCGGAAUAUUCCAAAGCGUCUACGUGAUCCGUGACGUGAUCCAGAACCUUCACCAGACCAACCUGGUCACGCUUGCCAUAUCGAUGACGGCCAUGCUUGUGUGCGCGGUGGUGCACGAGUGCGUCAACGCUCGCUUCAAGUCCAAGCUCAAGAUGCCCGUACCUAUCGACCUUAUUGUGAUAAUUCUUGCAACUACAAUCAGCUAUGUCUUCGAGUUCGAUACUGCGUAUGGAGUACGAGUUAUAGGAUUUGUGCCUACAGGGUUCCCCACGCCUUCGGUGCCCCGUGUCGAUCUCAUGGCGAAGCUCAUUCUGAACGGAUUUGUGAUUGCCAUCGUCUCUUUCACCAUCGCCCUCUCGAUGGCCAAGCUUUUUGCCAAGAGGCACCACUACCAGAUUGACCCCAACCAGGAGCUGAAUGCAUUGGGCGCGGCCAAUGUGAUCACGUCGUUUCUCGGCUGCUAUCCUUGCGCCGUGUCUCUGUCGCGCAGUUCCGUUCAAGAGAAGGCCGGCGGCCAGACGCAGAUUUCAGCGUUAAUAGCGUCCGGUAUCCUCAUCAUCGUCAUGGUAGUGGCUGGGCCGCUCUUCAGGACACUGCCAAACUGCAUUUUAUCGGCAGUCAUCAUUGUAGCCCUUAAAGGGAUGUUGUUUCAAGUGAAAGAUUGCGUCAACACGUGGAAAGUGUCACGACUGGACGCUCUCACCUGGAUCAUCACGUUCACGUCUGUCGUUAUACUGGACAUCGACAUCGGCAUCGCCGCGGGCAUCGGCUUUUCCGUGGUCACCGUCAUUCUGAGGACGCUGGUGCCUUACGUGUCUUUUCUGGGGAACGUUCCUGACACGGACAUAUACCUGGACGUUAAACGAUAUAAAAAGGCUCAAGAGAUCCCACGGGUCAAAAUCUUCCACUUCAGCUCGGCGCUGUACUUCGCCAACAGAGACGUGUUCAAGAACAGUCUCAUGGAGGCCAUCAUCGGCAACAGCGAUGAAACGCGCAGUCUUCUCGAAGACCAAGGCAAAUACAACGCUGCCGAUGAAGGCUCCAUAGCGGCUGUCAUCCUGGAUUGCUCUGCUUGCGUCUACAUUGACUCCUCAGGAAUCGAAACACUAAAAGAGAUACUGAAAGAGCUUAGAGACUCCCAAGUCGUCGUCUACUUCGCUUGUUGUUCAGUGCCUACGUACAAGGUGCUACUGCGUUCCGACAUCCUGGAGAUGUUCAACACGCCCAUCGUGUUCCCGACCAUCCACGACGCUGUGCUGCACUUACCGGAUACCACAAGGCCGCCCACACUUUGACCGUCGUGCGGAUAGACCAGUCGAAAGCCAAGAGCCGUGAAGUGGUGCGAUGAUGGACGAUCGGCCCAACGACACAGUCUGGAAGCCGCUCCAACUCGAGCGCUUCUCGGGACGGCGCCGAGAUAUAUGGAUGUGCCAUAGGACAAAACGGCCCAGCCUUGGGGAUCACAUUGGGACUGUCGAAGCGAUAAGUCCUCGUCAGGUCACGACGAUCUAUAAGCAACAUUAGUUCCCGUUCUUCGUUCAUUAGUUUACCGGUGUUCACAGACUUGACAGCAUAGGAUGGUGUUCGAGAAACAAUUUGUUGAAUCUUGUUAUACGCGUAGUUUCGAAGAAAGCGGGCUUAUUUUACUAAAGCGUCCUGCGGAAGUAGAAACACUUCAGGAACGCUCAGUGUGUCUUAAAGAACACGAAGAAACGCAGAUAUUUCUUUUAGGCACACACUCAUCGAUGAGGUAGCAUUUUCUAUGGAAGCGAAAGUCCGCAUAAUCGAUAUUUACGGUGUCAUUACGUUUCACUCAUUUGAGCGCUCUCGUGUAGUCUAAUUGCAGUAAGCCUCAAGUAUUCAUGCCGAUUUGAACAUCUUUCUUUGCCUCUGUUGGGUGUGUUAGAUUUGAAAGUAGCGUACUGUUAGCCCAAUUACUUUUAGCAGCGACGUUGGUGCUCAGACAUCGAAGACUGCAAGUCAUUUCAGGAGAGCGUGUCCUUUCGACUCCACCACUAGCCUCGCUAACGUUAUAUAUAUAUUUUUUUUCUUUGGCAGUGUAUUAGGACGACGGCGCUCUCUACUAAGUGAUUAGUUCGCCGCGGACAUUGUCGUAAGCCCUGCAAGCUUGCUUUGAUGGCCGUGUACGCGUUUCCCCUAAAUACAACAUUGAAAUUGCCCAAAGGAAGCAGACCGCUUUUUAAGCAUUACCUACGGGUGCUCCUUUUUUAAUGUGUAAAAAACCAAAUGGCUGAUAGGGCCUGGAGGACCAAUGUAGUGACAAUUUCGUUUCACCCUCGAGCUUGGUACUGUCUGAAGAAAACAAAAUGUUUGUAGGGCUGUGUGACGUAAUGUGUGUACGAGGCAGUAUGCUCAAGAGCGAAGCCUUGUAUUAUGUACGCUGUUCAUGUUAUGGGAAAACAGAUGGAAUACAAAAUGAGCUAAUUGCAAGGUCACGUCACAAAUCGAACCAGCCAACGCGAAUGUGGUUGUUGAUACGUUUGGCAUAUGCUAGAACAACGUUGUGAAUGUGGCAGCUUCGGCGUAAUGCCCACGGGUCGACUGUGCUCAACAGAAUGUGAUAAGCGUCUAGCGAUUAGUACUGCUGAGAAAAACUUGUGAAUGGAGGCCUGGGGAGGUGUGCGUAGAUUAUGUAGUCGCGUACAAAUACUGAUGAGUGACUUGCGCAGAUGUUCCCGAUCCUGCUGGUGGUGGUUGUAAUCUGCUAUGAAACCCUGACACGUGUGUGGCAUUGUAAGGACACGUUGGUCAGUAGUUCUGCUGUAAGCGUAUACAUUCUAGUGCGAGUGCUAACGAUAGCGGCAUCAUCGGGAUCUUUGCUUUGAAAGUCACAAAGGCAGAUUCUCAGCUCCUCGUAUCUGAAACAAUUGUAGUUAGUUGCCUUAGUUAACCACACGUGUAAACUUUCAAGUGAAUGAGUAGAUUUAGCUGAAGGUGGUUGAUCUACGACACGUGAUAAAGAAGGCACCAACAUAUUAUAGCGCGCCUCACGCUGCCCUAUAGUCUCAUGUUCCAACUUAUCAAAGAAAUAGACGCGGAGGAGCGCCUAAGAGUUUAUGUAGUUUUUUGAUGUUUUACAGUAUACCAGAAACUGCCACAAUAAGGUGGUUUCACCAAAGAUGCAUGUGCGCCCGGACGUGCAAGGUGAAUGAUGUUUCCGACAUAUAGUGAGACAUUUCUGUUUAGUCUGGUGCUUUCCUUUGUUUUUUUGUUUGUAUGUCUUUAUACCUUUAUCUUCUUUUUUAUGUAUUUCUACAAAAAGUGACCUCGCGUGUGUACUUGGACAUUUUGUGGUCAUCUCUUUCGAGCAUUUUAUUCAUCGCUGCUUUAUAUGCGCUUUUUUUUUGCUCGUAAUAUUAGUUUUUAUCGCAAUACCAACUAUAUGUUUUUAACUCGACAUCGAAGAGCCAUUCUUCAUUAUCUCGCGAUGCAGAGCUUUUAAGAGUGAAAGUGUUUUCCAGUUGCGCAGUUGCAUUUUUUUUUUAAGCGUCGUGGCGUAAAUAUUCUUGCGACGCGGAAACACCUCGUAUAAGGUGCUCGGAAACCAGCCGCUAAAAGAGCGAGAUAUGUAUUUUUGUUAACGCUUGUAAAACGCGUUUCUCUUUGGCACUAUUUUAUCGUUCGCGUGAUAAAGUUCGCAGUGUAGACUGUGAUAAGGCAGCAAUGCGGUUUGUGAACGGCUCGAACGUGGUCGGUCUUCACAAGUCAGCGGCAGUACAAGUAGUUAUUCUGCACGGUACUGGAGGGGGGGGGGGGGGGGGCUCGCUCUUAAGCGGUAGUAAUGCCAACCACAGAGUUUUUACAAUAUGUGCUAGAAGAAAAUAUGGCGCUGCAAUCGGUCAGCCAUCAUGAAAAUGAUGCGUACUGCAUGAGUUUUGCCUCUAGCGUUCCUGCUUGCACCUUUGUUUCGGUUAAAAUAAUACCUUGUUGUGAACCUCGGAAGUCGAUUCGGAUUGGUCAGCCUUGAAGAACAAAGGUGGUGAAGUCGCGCUGCCAAACUUCUGCCCAAAUUUGUCUUGCGAUUAAGCGGCUGCUGGCCACACGGCACCAAAAGUACGAAGCUUACCAAAAUCCAUGCAAUACUCCCCAUUCUCGUGCUGUCUGAAGCUUCAUGCGUCGCAGCUCCCAUAGACACUAGCGCCACAUUUCCCUCUGGUGCACAAUUGUGGAACUCUAUGGUGCCAACCACACGAAUGCACGCUGACUUUUUGAGUGUUCUACCAUUAACCAAGAUCUAGCGCGUGCGCAUUUUUUCUUUCAUAAGCACAUAGCGCUGCCCUUAGUGUAAUGCAAUGUUCAUAGCAUUCGGAUGUCUAGAUGUUUUUUUUUUCUUUUGAUGGAACUUAUUUGCGGGUAGAGAAAAUAUCUUCUCAGUACUUUCUAUGUUAGCGUGCUCAUCUUCAUGUUCCAGAUGUGAAGGUCUUCAUUGUCUUUUGCGACGUGUCAUGUUUAUCUUAUGAUUGUCAUUAUGAUUAUUGUCUGCCUAUCUCUCUCUACACCUUUCUGAAAUGUGCUGCCUGAAGCCACGAAGUGCCACGCCGGUUCUGACACCGAUACACAGCAGGUGCGUUUCGGCAACGUGCGCGCUCUGACACAAGUGUGAUGGUGACAAGACAAGAGACCCAUCCAAAAUGAAAAAAAAAAUAUAUGUUGUGGAAAACCUAUUUUGUACUUGUGUAAAUAUACUCGCGUUUUAAGUGUUAUAUAUUUAGUAUAUAGGUUUAUAUUGCAAUAAUUUGUAUACGCAGACAUGUGUUCUAUAAAAGGAAACGUUGUUUCUUCUAU